AAAAUGCAGGAGGAGAAGAAGAAAACUGCGAGCCGCCUUUAGCUUGUCAGACUGACGUAGUUAGCUAGCGCUAGCUAAAAUUUCUCCAAUGCCCGGCUGACGUCCCUGCAGGUGUCAAAGAAAAUCAUAUGCUGCGAAAUAGAGGGCAGGAGACGUUAAACAGAUCCUGACAGACACCGGCACCGGUUUCGACAACAUGGAGAAGCAGCUGCAUUUAAACCUGUUAGCCUCCAGACCUCCUAUGGCUGGAGGCUUCCAGUCCGGAUCCAAGAUGAAAAUGGGACCUGGACGUAAGAGGGAUUUCUCCCCCCUACCCUGGAGUCAGUACUUUGAAACCAUGGAGGAUGUUGAAGUGGAGAAUGAAAAUGGAAAAGAUAUUUUCAGAAUUUAUUGCAGUGGAGCUCAUGGCCCUGUGCUGCUCCUGCUCCAUGGAGGGGGACACUCAGCUCUCUCCUGGGCAGUGUUCACUGCCGUCAUUUGUAGCAGGAUCAACUGCAGGGUGGUGGCUAUGGACCUUCGUGCUCAUGGUGACACCAAAGUGAAAAAUCCUGAUGAUCUCUCUGCAGAUACAAUGGCCAAGGAUAUUGGAAAAGUGGUGGAGGUCCUCUACGGCGAGAACCUCCCUCCAAUCAUGAUUAUUGGACACAGCAUGGGUGGAGCCAUUGCAGUUCACACAGCAGCUGCCAAUCAUAUACCAUCCCUGCUGGGCCUCUGUGUCAUUGACGUUGUAGAGGGUACUGCGAUGGAUGCUUUGAAUAGUAUGCAGAAUUUUCUCAGAAGUCGGCCAAAGACAUUUAAAUCUCUGGAGAAUGCCAUUGAGUGGAGCGUGAAGAGCGGACAGAUCCGAAACACCGAAUCAGCUCGAGUGUCAAUGGGAGGCCAGGUGAAAAAAUGUGAGGAAUCCACCAGCAGUCCAGGUGUAUCUAAUAGCAUAGGUGAAGGUAUAAUAGAAGAGGAAGAAGAUGAAGAGGCAGAAGAAGAAUCAAACAAGAAAAGGAUGAAAGAGGAUGACCAAGAGGUUAAAAAGGAAAGCGUCUUCACCUGGAGAGUGGAGCUGUCAAAGACAGAGAAGUACUGGGAGGGCUGGUUCAGAGGCCUGUCUGCACUCUUUCUCACCUGUCCUGUACCAAAACUGCUUCUGCUUGCAGGAGUGGACAGGCUUGACAAAGACCUUACUAUUGGACAAAUGCAAGGGAAGUUUCAGAUGCAGGUCCUCCCUCAGUGCGGUCAUGCAGUCCAUGAAGAUGCACCUGAAAAAGUAGCAGACGCUCUAGCAACAUUUAUGGUCCGGCACAAAUUUACUGAGUUCAAAGAAGGAUACCUGUGCUAAAUUCCAGCUCUCAGCAUUUAAAUAUAGAGCCAGCAGCCGUAGAAGAAAUGAUUCAAGAUUCACCCACUUCAUCGUACAAUUUAUCAUCAGUUUAAGAGAAAAAAAAAUAGUAUUAUUAUUAUUAUUAUCAUUAUUAUAAUUAUGUUGCUAUUGUUUUGUAGAUAUUUUGCCUUAUAGCUUUGCCUUAUUUUUAUUUUGAAGCACUGGGAUUUGACUGUAAAAUUGCUUUACACUAUAUAUAUUUUUUAAGUUUCUUAAAAUUUUGCCUCCCCUUGUUUAUUCUAUUUUCUUUUGACUGAUUGCAUCAUGGUUAAUAUGUGUUUAUAAUGUUUGAAUUCGAACAAUGAUUAAAGAUGGAUGCUGUAAAAAUGCUCCCACUGCUUCUAAUA